CUUUGACGUCCACGAAGGCAACUGUACAGAUUGGAGCUGGUUAUCAGUCCUGGCGCUAGCACACAGUGUGGAUUAGCAGCCCUUAUUGUUCGAUUUUGGUGUCACCGGUUUAACCAGAACUCCCCACAUUUAGCAGAAAUCACGCACCAGAUUCUAAAGGCGAGGAUUUAAUCCUGAGGACAGUUCUGUUUGAAUAAACGCCACGCUUGAUUAAGAGUUCGGAGGGAAUGUCCUGGUCCUGUAUUCCCUUACACUCAGGACAUCAUCCAGCUUGAGUGAGCAGCGCAUGGCUGUUCCAGAGGGACGAUCCUGCCUCCUUAGUGUUUGAAGACUCACUGACUGCUGUAAAAGUAGCUGGAUUGCCUGCUUUAUCUACAAUCCUCGGGUCAAGAGGUGGAAGUUUAUUGGUCUGGUUUGGGCCGUCUGAGAAAUUUGCAGAAACGUAUCGCAUCGAAACACAAUGCCACGCUCCAAAGAAAUUUCCGAAGACAUCCGGAGACAAGUGGUCGAAGCUCACGAGUCCGGAAAGGGCUACAAACAGAUUUCCAAAGUUAUAGGACUCCCCAAGACAACCAUCAGAGCUAUACUGAGGAAAUGGAAGAGGUUCGGGACGGUGGUGACCCUACCCAGGAGCGGCCGGCCUUCCAAAAUCUCUCCGAGAGCAAGGAGAGAAAUAAUCCGCGAGGUCAUGAAGAACCCCUGCACCACUUCUAGGGACCUUCAGGCCACGCUCGCCUCGUCGAACAUCUGCGUCCACCAGUCCACCAUCAGGAGGAUACUGGGAAUACACGGGAGACCGACUCUGAGCUCCUUCGAAGGUAACUUGCCGUUAUCCAAUCAGGAGGAGGAAGGCAUGCUCAGUGCUUCGUGCGGAUCGAGUCAGGACGUAAAGGUGUUAAAAAACUCGAACACUAACUCCGAUAACGCAAGCAAGAAUAACACUAAAUUCUCUGACGCUAAUAAGGAAAGUGCUGGACGUGAGGAGAAUAACAGGGACAAUGAGAAUGAGAACUGUGAUGAUGAAAGGGACGUUGGUGAUACUGAUGGUGGGGACGUGGAAACCAAAAAUAAUGGUGCUGAGAGUGAGAAGUGUGACGCCGGAGGUGACGGUGCUGAGACAACAUCCAGAAACCGCUGUGGUGAUGGGAAUAAGAAGCGUGCCGUCGCAACAGCGCUGGACGAUAGCGGUUAUGCCACCGGCUGUGACGUCAACAGUGCCUUCAGUAGUAAUAAUAAUAACAACGAUGGAACUUGGAGCGAGGAAAUAGAUUACAUUAGUACGUUAACAUUUACUUGAACAAGCAGCUAGGCUAGCUGGCAGGCCUAGCGCAACGUGCAUGUAUCCUUCAUGGUGAGGACCGCCACCAAAAACACCCAAGAGACGGCAGGAGGGGGGUGGGGCACCUACAGUAGGGUCCAAAAUCGGAAAAAUAUAUACAUAUAUAUAUAUAUACACUCUGUAGAAACCUUCAUUAAAUUCAUAUUAUUAUUAUUAUUAUUAUUAUUAUUAUUAUUAUUAUUAUUAUUGAAUAAUUCAUAGUGAUCAGAUUUUAGUUCGAUUUUCAUUCCUUUUUUUUAUCUCAAACACUUUGUACUGCUAAAUAACGGAGGCUUCUUUCAGAAAAAGAAUUACGUUCUGCAUAAAGUAGCGAAACCUUACCUUAUGCUGCUGGAAAACUCCGAUUUUCGGACCCUAUUGUAUUCCACGCCGGCAUUUCAGACAAUCCUGAGACAAAAAGUGAAGAUCUAAUAUGAUUUCCUGACAUUAUCUGAGUUUAUUCUUACUGACACUAUUAUUACGACAAACAAAGGAAAAGUUUGUGCACUAUACAAUGCACUAAGAGUGGCUAAGACUUUGUAUCUGGCUAAUCGGGUUAUAGCCGGCUGAUUUUGAAUCAACCUUGCCCUGACUAGGUCACUAAAAAAGGGGUAAAGACGUCUCCUCCAUUAGCGAGGCAGGGAUUAGUCCCGCAAAACAAUGCUGAACAGAUUUAUCCGCUAGUCGUCAAGAUUAAUAACGUUCUUUCACAAAGCUUCAUCAGAAGCCGCUUGGCCAACAGGUCGAGAAUCUCUGACCGGUACUUUAAAAAGAAAGAGCUAGUGACAGACCUCAGACUCCACACUGAGACGUUUUGUGUCUCUCUCUCUCUCUCUCCCUCCCUCCCUCUCCCUCUCCCUCUG